UCAACGAUUCGCGAGAAAUUGUGGUGUCGCUGCAUCAGUUGAAUAAUCGAAGAGUCCUGUUACCUUAGCAGAUUAGUCGCUUGUUUGUGAAUUGCAUUAAAAUAAGUUCUCAAAAUGGCAUUAUUCCACUUGACGAACCGGGUCGAGUAUGCCUGCGUAUGCGGAUUGCUAAAUCCGCUGACCAACAUGUACUUUUGCAAGCACUGCUCUAAGCUACGUUGCGGGAACUGUGUGUGCCAUGAGGUGGAUACACAUUUUUGUUUGAACUGCUUGGAGAACAUUCCGUCUUCCGAGGCGAGAAUACGCAAAAAUCGCUGCAACACUUGCUUUAACUGUCCGAGCUGCCAGAACUUGCUCUCGGUGCGGUCGUCGUCCGUCACUGUCCCACUGGCCAAGGAUAAUCCGGCGGUGGCGGAUGACGCGAAAGCUGCCGUCAGUUCGCCUUCGUCCACGUCGUCGCCGGCCAGUGGCAAACAGGUGCAGAAAAAGAUGUACUACCUGGCGUGUCUAACGUGCCGCUGGAACUCACGGGACAUCGGUUUACCGGAUCAGACUGUCGCGACCGGACAGUGGCCGGAACCGGAGCACCCGAGUGCGACCCGUUUCGUCCAGCUGUUCGACCACUACCGAUCGGUGGCACUGCACGAUAAGCAGGAGAGGCAAGAGUUGUGGCGCCGCAAGGCACCGAGGCCCACCAAAUACCCUAACCUAACCGACCGUACUGGGCUGACCGUGGAGAUAUUGCGCCGGCAGAUUGGGCUCCCGGAGGCCAAGGCACCGCCCAAGCUAACGAUCAUUCCGAUCAAACCGGCGGUGGCGAGCGAUGAGGUGGACGAGCUGCCAAUCGCGCUGCUGACGGAGAAGCUGAACCUGAAUACGGUGUCGACGAUGCAGCAGCGCCUUGCACAGCCGGCCACGCAGCCGACCACGGUGGCACAGCUCUACCCGCAGCACAAGCUGCUCUCGAUUAAGCGCUCGCUACGCUGCCAGUGCGACCAUAACGUCAUCAAACCGGACUACAAUCCGACCUCCACCAAGUAUCGCAUCGCACUGUUCGCCGCCUACCACGUGCCGGACGUUCGCUUUGUGCAAUGCGAUACACUACGUCACGGAGGAGCAGACGCGUCCGUGGUGCUGCGCAUCACGAAUCCGACCAUCAACGAGAUGACGAUUUCGAUGCUGGAGCUACCGACUGCGGAGGAGGAGCGGAUGAUGAUCGAGGAAGAGUAUGAGGCAGCGGUCGCACUAGCGACGGCCAGAAGCGGCACUACUACCAGCAGUCCGACAGUCGCUUCCUCAUCGACGGCCACGGCAAUGCGCAGCCUUAAUAGCUCGUUAGCCAAACAGGUACCGCUCAUCGAGCGACCACGGCCGGUCGGUCGUGCCGUGAAUGGUCAGCUGCAGUUGCCCGAUAGCAGCUUCCACGUGAGGCAACGGGACGAAGCGGGAUUAAUCGAUGAGAUCGUGCCGGCGACAAUGUUCGCGCCAAAGUUCGUCAUAUGGCGCAAGGAUAAUCAUGCCGCUUUACGGCUCGCCGUGAAACCGAAUGCCGAUGUGCAGGUCGGAGACGAUGUUUGGGUUGGAUUCUCGCUACAGUACUCCUACACCAACACGAUCAUGGGCCAACCGAAGCGCCAAGCGCUCACUACGCGUGUUUACAUUAAUCUCGGAAAGCUGCAGUGACUGCAGCAGUAGCUGGCAUCAAGCCUCAUCAGUAAUUGGCUAACCGUGAAUUUAAUUUCCUUUUCGUUCCGCCAAGUAUGCAGCAUUAAUGCUUUCUAUUUAUUUCAUUACUUUAUAAUCAUUCUACUGUGUUAGUUGUUUUGCGAUUGGCAUUUAAAUAAGUAAUCGUUCCUGUUCCGAUAGUUGUUGGUGUCCUUAUAAUCGUACAGAAUUACUAAUAUUGGAUUAUGAUAACAAAAACACGAUAAAAUGUUGAGCAAAGUACUUGCAACACCAAAAAGAAAAGAACUACCAGAAUUGCUAAAUCAGAAACAUAAAUGAUUUAUGAUCUUCUAACGAUAAUUAUUGAGAAGCAUGCAAUAAAGCAAAUUAUUGAGCGCUUAAACUCA